CAAAAAUUUUAUUGGCCUAUUAAAAGUUCACGUAGCAAAAAUCAAACUUGUGAAGUGCAUCGGUGCCGUGCCUGAAAAUCCCAAAAACCCAUCUGAUCCCAAAGCCUCUCUUCAUCCGCUCAACCAUUCAAAACCUUCGCUUUCAUUCUCUGACUUCUACUUUGAAUUCCCACAAUCCCUGUUUUUUUCUUUUCUCUUUGUUUAUAUUUGUUUUCCUUUGAACUUCGCCCAUUGCCGCCGUCCUCACCUCUCUGGCCUCUGUUGAAGACGAAACUCGCAAACCCAAUUCACGGUUUUGAAUCUGGACACCUUUUGCCGCGUCCACAGAGUCACUGGUCCAGAGGUUGUAUUAUUGUCGAAUUCUGUGGACAUCUUGAAGAAUUGUUUUUGUCUCUUUCGUUCACUCAUGUCAUGGCUGGCUGAGCUUAUGCGUGAGGCGCUGGCGCUGUCAAUGAAUAUCAUAUUCACCCCAAGAGGAAUAAAGUGCAACGGUUAUGGAGGGAGGGUACCGUGGGACUAAUGACUCUGAACUCAGACGAAGUGUAUCAAAUGAUCGAACAAGCAGUGCUACUUCUUCAUUAAGGAGGCGUUCUUUAAGUUUAUCAGGUGCUCAGCCUUCCCAAAUAGAUGAUGACAUUGAAAGUGAGCGUGUUUCAGAGGCAGGAGAUAUAGGGGAUCGGGCUCUUCACAGCAACAGGCACAGUGAGAGUGGCAGCAUCCGCUUGUUGCCUUCAGAGGACAUUCAACUGCAAUCCUAUGGGUUCUGGUGUCGUGAUCCGGUUACAUCCACUGCAAUAUCCCCUGUCUCACCCUUGCCAGAGGAAAUCGUAUCUCCUCUUUCCACUGAUGCAGUCGUAUGCCAUGAGGACAAAAAGCAAGAAACUACAACAAAGUUGCCAAAAUUGUUGGAGUAUGGUUCAUGUAUGACUCAUUUAGCCGUUUUUGGCAUUCUUGGGGUGUUAACGAGAUAUCUGCUGCAAAAGUUGUUUGGCCCUGGAGUUGUUGGUGUAACAAGCAACCAAACCAUUCUCUACCUCGACCUUCCUUCUAAUAUGGUUGGUUCUUUCUUGAUGGGGUGGUUUGGUGUUGUUUUCAAAGGAGAUAUUUCAUAUGUGUCAGAUCAUUUGGCCAUUGGAUUAACAACCGGUUACUUGGGAAGCCUUACAACUUUCAGUGGGUGGAACCAGAAAAUGCUUGAACUCAGUGUUGAAGGCCAUUGGGUUUUUGUUCUGCUGGGUUUCUUAAUAGGUCUGUUUCUUGCGGCCUACUCCAUCAUUGUUGGGGUAGAGACAGCUAAGGGUUUGAGGCAGCUUCUUGAAAGGAGUUCAGGAUGUGGUAUAACUAGCUCUGGCACGAGCUGGAGGGUCGACAGCCACAAGCGUCACUUGGUAGUUUUAGCUGUGUUUUCGCUGAUGCUAGUUUCUCUAUGGAGUGUAAGUGGAGUAUUGCUAAGGGAGGAGUUUAGCAGUGACAGCAGUGAGGCGCAACUAUGGUUGGCUUGCAUAGUUGGACCUCUAGGUGUGUGGAUCAGGUGGUUCUUAGCCAGGCUCAAUGGACGUGGAUUAGGAAGAAUGGGGUUGUUGAAAUGGUUUCCAUUUGGUACUCUAAUUGCCAAUGUUUCUGCAGCUUGUGUCAUGGCAGCUCUGUCUACUGUGAAGAAAGAGGUGGAUACUAAGACGUGUGAUAUUGUCGCAACAGGCAUACAAUUUGGAUUGCUGGGCUGCCUGAGUACCGUUUCUACCUUCAUUGCUGAGUUCAAUGCAAUGAGAGAAAGCAAAUACCCCUGGAGAGCAUACACAUAUGCCAUGGUUACGAUAUGUACCUCGUUUGGUCUGGGGACCCUGAUAUAUUCUGUACCUGUUUGGACAAAGGGGUACAAGUAGCAUGCUGGGGACAGCCUUUUGAUGCUUCUUCUUCUGCAAUGCAAUGCCUCCGAGUCAUGUUGGCUUCACACAAUGUUCAGUCAAUCUGAGCAUUGAGCGCGUCAAGGGUCUUGCGGAAGGCCUUUUGAUGCUGCUUCUUUUGAUGGGCUGCCUGAGUACCGUUUCCAACUUCAUUGCCGACUUCAAUGUAAUUUAGAUUAAAUUAAAGUAGAAUAUCACU